AUGGAUGAAUACAGAUUGGGGAGGCAAAUCAGAAUAUUAGAGAACAUGGAGAGGAUCAGCAACUGGAUCGUCGAAAUGGAAAGGCCGACAGGCAAGAAAGACAGGAUGAUGAAGAGAUAUGUUAGGAGUAUCUUAAGAAGGAAGUAUGGGAGAUACAAGAAGCUUGGAGCUCUGAAUGUCGAGGGGAAGCUCGAUGGAGAGGUCAAAGGGCUCCGGGACCUCGGCUAUUACGAGUCGAGAGCUUCAAAGGAUGUGGAGGCAGCCUUCAAGGGUUCAAGGCUCUAUGGGGAUGGACUGGAGUUAGAGAGGAUUUUCAGGAAAUAUGCAGAUGUCCACCUAUGCAGCGGAUAUAGGGAGUUUCUGAAGAAGAUUCAUAGACUCGAUACGGAGAAGUCCAAGUUUAGGUAUCUGGAGUACUUGAGUGAGCUGAACGAGUACCUGGGGAGAUUCAUCAAGGUGAAGUAUCCUAAGAUGUUUAGGAAGGUUGUGGCCUCUGCACCAAAGAUUAUAAGCAGGGCAGAGGCUCGCGGCUUUGGCAAGAAGAACGGGAUGGAGGGCGCCGAAUGGUUUCCAAAGGUGUACUGUGUUAAGUGUGGGAGAGAGAUCUCAAGGAAGGUGUUUAGAUACCAUUUGGAAGGGAAGAGGCAUUGCAGAGAAGGCCAGGGCAAAGAAGAGGUUCUAUACUGUGGGAUGCCUGUUUCUGAGGCCGAAAGCUUGGUUUUGAAGUCUCUGGCGAUUCUAGAGAAGGAGAGGAAACAUAGCAUUUCUCUGCUUUCCAGAAGAAAGAAGCAAACGAAGAGCAGUGUUCCGAGGUGGCUGUGCAGGCGGAAAGAUCUGGACAUAGCAUUUGAGUGCGAGAUCUGUGGAUAUUCCGGAUAUGGUAGGGACAGGUUUGAUAGGCACUUUGAGGAGGACUCCCAUGCAAGAGGCGUGGAGAUGUAUGGGGCCAAGUAUUGCCGGGUGUUGAAAGGAAUCACGAGAGUCGGGAUUCUCAUGAAGAUGAAGAAUAGGAUGGAGGAGUCUGAGAGUUACUCGGAGGAGUUUGAGGACGAGGAGGGAAAUGUGUUUGACAAAAGAACGUAUGAAGACCUCAAAAGGAACAAUCUCAUCUAG